AUGCAACUUCUUACAGCUUUCGCCAUAUCCUUGGCCGGGCAGGGCAGUCUAGUUACAGCUGCUGCUAUAGAGCCGCGCUCCGCAAACUCUAUUCCGCCCCCGCCGAAGCCGGAGCCUGUCCAUCUGAAGAGACUGCCACUACCCCCAGGCAUCUCCGAUGAUGCACCGGGAGCCUGUACCACCAAGAUCAACCCGCGCGGAACAGGAUGUAUGCCAGUCAAGAGCUUGCGGGCUUUUCAAUCCGGGGAGUUUCUCCCAGAUGGCAAACACGUUCUUGCGCUUGUGCCUUUUAUCGGUGCGCCUUUGGCUCCGGAUCCUGCUAGCAUAUAUAAUGGCUCCCAAAUCAUCAUUAUAAAGACAGACGGUUCCAAAUUUAGCAAUGGUGACAAGUGGAAAUGUAUCACUUGCGGCGUACCGGCGGAGAACGCCGUCGGACAAACCCCAACCUAUGACUACCCGCAGGCCUUUGAUGACGGAAAGCGCAUCUUAUUUGGAAGCAAUAUUGCCGACUGCGGAGAUCACUUGCUUAUCAGCGAUGAGUGCACGCCGGACCAGCUUCAUGUCUACCCUAUUCACUGGGAUGUCAGUGCAGAUGGCUCGGGUGCUGGCGGCAGCAUUAGAGAACUUCGACUGCAUCCAGACAAUGCUCAUCUCGGUUUUAGCUCCUUCACCACAGGGGCCAAGCUGGGACAGUUUGCAUACUUCGGCCGUCUCAAGUUCAACCCAAAGCCAACGACGGGCCUGCCGCUCGCGCCACGGUACGACUUGAUCAAGGUGUAUAGGCUGUAUCGAACCGAUCUGCCGGCGCCGGUGGCAGCCCAGGGAUCUCAGCUGACCUUGAACACAAGCGCCAUUAGUGUCGGUGAGCUGAGAGGAUUCAGCGGGCGCGGCGACGAAGCUGUCUAUGUAGGAAACCCGGUGGAGUCCUGCAACCUUGACAUAUUUGCAGUAGGCCUACAAUCUGGCCGCGUUCGUCGUAUCACCUCGGACCCGGGUUACGUUGACCCGAUCGAAGCUUCGCCUGAUGGAAAAUGGUGGGCUAUCAUGGACACUCGCGGGACCGAUAGACAAACGUUUUUGGCCGGUAUGCGAAACGUUCCCCCUCUGAUUGAUUUGGUGACGACAACUGUAUCAUCUUCGAUCCGCAACAAUGGACAACGUCGCUUCUUUUCGCCAUGGUUGCUCGACGCGUAUGGUGACCGCCAGAGUGACAACUACUAUGGCCAGAAGAUCAACGGUCCUGGCUCUAGUAAGUCUGGCAGUGGUGAUCUACGUGAUCCAGAGUGGAAUGGUCAAGCCGACCCCCAAUGGUCCCCUGACUCGACCCAGGUCGUGUAUUGGGAGGCUCACGUUGAGGCUCCUGCUUGCGGUGGCAUCAAUCCGUUGCCUUGCUACCCCUCGAAAGAACCGGAUGGCAAAGAUAUUCGUAUCGUCUUAGCCACCUUCACUGCCCGUAGGCCAGCCAAAUACACACCAGUUGGCACUGUCCCCGACGAUAUCCCAUGGGCUGAGCUAUAUGUCCCCGGAAGCAGUACACCAGAUAGAAAGGGUGUUACUCCCGGGCGAUACACCCUUGAUGCUAAGGCUUCAGGCUAUGCUGAGGUAGCAAUCACGCCUGCACAGGUUGCAGUCAUAUACCAUAACUAUUCUGAUGACGGCAAAAUAUUUCUCAAUGGUUGGGAGAAUGCCACAACCGCGUCUGACAGCUUCACUCAGAGCCAUGUGGAUUGGUAUUCCAACCUGACACAGACUGGCCCUGGUAUCUACAACACCAAGAAGACCAGUGCUGACGGAUUCCACAUCACCAUUGAUGUACUGACUAAUGAGUUCAACGCCAAUGGCACCUUGACUACAACUAUUGAUGGCAAGAAGUAUUCAGCACCUCCAAACGGUACAUAG